AUGUCAGACACUGAAGAACAAGAAUACGAGGAGGAGCAGGCUGAAGAUGAAGCCGCUGAGGAAGAGGAAGCCCCCGAGGAGCCGGAGCCGGUGGCAGAGCGAGAAGAAGAGCGCCCCAAACCCAGCCGUCCUGUGGUGCCUCCUUUGAUCCCCCCGAAGAUUCCAGAAGGGGAGCGUGUGGACUUUGAUGACAUCCACCGGAAGCGCAUGGAGAAAGACUUACUGGAGCUGCAGACGCUCAUUGACGUACACUUUGAACAGCGGAAAAAGGAGGAAGAGGAGCUCAUUGCGCUAAAAGACCGCAUCGAGAGGCGUCGUGCAGAGAGAGCUGAGCAACAGCGCUUCAGAACAGAAAAGGAGCGGGAGCGCCAGGCCAAGCUGGCGGAAGAGAAGAUGAGGAAGGAGGAGGAGGAAGCAAAGAAGCGAGCAGAGGACGAUGCCAAAAAGAAGAAGGUUCUGUCCAACAUGGGGGCUCACUUUGGGGGCUACCUGGUCAAGGCAGAACAGAAGCGCGGGAAACGGCAGACCGGUCGGGAGAUGAAACUCAGGAUCCUGUCCGAGAGGAAAAAGCCCUUGAAUAUCGACUACAUGGGCGAGGACCAGCUCCGGGAGAAGGCCCAGGAACUGUCAGAAUGGAUCCACCAGCUGGAAUCAGAGAAAUUUGACCUGAUGGAGAAAUUGAAGCAGCAGAAAUACGAGAUCAAUGUGCUGUACAACCGCAUCAGCCACGCCCAGAAAUUCCGAAAGGGGGCCGGGAAAGGUCGCGUUGGAGGUCGCUGGAAGUGAGACUGCCCGGACACUGCCCCCACUGUACAGAGCCCAGGAGC